AGAAGCGGUACUCUUUUCGACAAUUGCAUCCAAUAUGUUGAAGCUUAUCUUACUGCUUUCAGUCGUAGCUCUUGCUGUUUAUGCCAUCCCUGGUGGCUGGGUGAACGCAAGCGUCGACGAUGGGGAUGUGGUGGCUGCUGCCAACCAUGCUGCCAAGAACCUGUCUGCUCAGUUUAGCGAUAAAUACCACCACAAACUUAUUAAGAUCGUCAAGGCUAAGAAACAAGUGGUUGCUGGUAUGAAUUACAAAUUGGAUGUGAUCGUCGGUAGAACAAAAUGCAAGAAGAACGAAUUUCAAUAUGAAAAUGUGGCUAAAUGUGACAUCCAGGAAGGCAUCAGCACCUACAAAAAGUGUCAAGUCUCGGUUCAUGUGAACCUCAAAGGCGAACAUCAACUUAAGGCCACUGGAUGCAUACUUGCCUCUAAGAAGGACCUCUUAAAACAUCACUUAUGAGCCACUGAAGUCAAAGACACUUAGAAAAACAUAGAAAAUGUAAAAUUGCAGUGUGAUAUGAAACAUGUAAUGUAAAAAGAAUAUCUGUAUAGGUUUGUUUGAUCUUUUAAUAAAAUUCUUCGGUACUCAC